GGCGUCUUGUUUUAAACAUAAAAACAAUGAAGAUGUGUUGUCAAAUUCUAGUCGGGUUAGAGGUGUAUUUAUCUGAGAUGGCAUCAGAAGGACGGGCUGAGGGCUGGGUAACUCUCUCGUUAUGUGAAUCUUGUAUCAUUUCAUGCCAUGUCCAUGUGUACAGCCUGAAAUCAUUUCAGGUGCCCUCUUUGGAAAACACUGUUUUAACACAUUGAGGACACUUCUGUGAAAGGAUCUACCCUCUGUGAAGUCACCGUAAUUAAAAAAACAAAUGUAUACAGAAAACGAACAUAUCAUGAGUGUACAACUUGAGGAAUUUUCACGAUCUGAACAUCCCCAUGUAACCAGCGUCCAGACCAAGAAAGAAACCAAAAAAACCAAAUCCCCUGUCAUCAAGUGGAUUGCGACUCACAGCGACCUCAUAACUGCCCCAUAGGGUUUCCAAGGAGCAGCUGGUGGAAUCAAACCGCUGACCUUAACCACUGUGCCACCAGAGCUCCCAAGAAAGAAAAGUCCCCUUCAUUCUCCUCCCAGUCACGUUCUUCCCUGGAGUAAAUACUACCCUGACUUUUUUUUCCACCCUAGGUUGGCUUUGCCUGUUCUACACAUUUACCUAGAAUUGUGCUAUGAUGAUAGUUUUUUUUUUAAUGUGGGUUUUUUUCACCCAGCGUAAUACUCCCGAGAUUCAUUCCUGUAGUUGUGUGUAACAGGAGGCUGUUCCCUUUUACUGGUGACUAGUAUGCCUGUUUAUCCCUUCUACUGCUGGUGGUUUCCCUUUUGGGGCUUCUGUGAAUUACAUUCAUAGCGUUUGGUGAAGAGAGGCAGAAGGAAUUCCCAAGGAGGAAGGGCUGGGUUCUCAAGUAGGCGUAUGUUUAUCUUUAGGAUAUGUUAGCAUUGCACUUUUUUAAGGAAGUAAAUAACAUUUCAACACUGACUGUUUUGAAGACGGACUUAUGUAACAGUAAGAAUAGUGGAAACUGACGUUAGACAUCAAAGUGUACUGGCAUCACGUUUCAGAAGAAAACGGAUCCCUUUUAUGACUGGUGGCAUAUUAAUACCCCACUGAUGACAAUUUUUGCUUUUACUGGUCAUUUUGUGUAACUUCCAACUACCAACAGUUGGGGGCAGUGGUGGUUCAGUGCUAGAGCUUUCGCCUUCGUGCGGGAGAACCAGAUUGGAUUCCCACCGAGAGCUCCUGAGGCGCAGGCACCGUCUGUCUGUCUGUCUGUCAGUGGAGGCUUGCCUGUUGCCCCCAUGCAUGCUCGACAGGUUUCAGAGGCGCUUCUAGACUAAUACUAGAAAGAAAGGUCUGGCAAUCUAUUUGCAAAAAAUCAGCCAGUGUAAACCCUAUGGACCCCAAUGAUCCAACCCUGUUGUGCAUGGGGCCGCCACGAGUCAGGGGCCGACUGGAUGGCAGCUAACAACAAGGACAGUUACCAGCUAUUUGACAAAAAUAUUUCAUAUUAUUAGCUUGAUCCUCACGUUUUGCAAGUUAUUUCAGCUGGGACUUAUAAAAUGUGGAGUCUUCUCGGUCAACAUAAAUGUGAAUCAACAGAGAAAAACUAUUUUAAAUCUAAAAUGCACUGACUAGAAGCCAAAUCGACCGUUUUGACGGGAAAACAUCCUUUUUGUCUCAUCACGGCCCCACUGGCAUCUGAAGUGCCUCUGCUUGUCCGUCUCACAUACGCUGGGGGAGUCAGAGCUCGGACAGAAAACGCAAUAAACGCCCUGGCCCUGGGAAUUGAGACGUUCUGGGGAGGGACUGGGGGCCCCUAGCCACCUUUUCCGCCUGCGGAAUCAGCCCGCGCCACCAGGAGCCACUGGAGGGGACUUAGGGCUCUCGGGGCGCAGCUGCGGAGGCGAGGCCACCGCCCACGCCGGGGGCUUUGCAGACACCCCCUCACUCAGUUCCCUCCGCUGCCCGGGAAGGCGGUCUGUGAUGCCCAUUCCGAUGAUGGGCGAAGACACAUGUCAAGUCACGGCACAGAAGAGGCAGAGCUGGGAUUUGAACCUACAUCUCUUCUCUGACUGCAGCCUGAAGACGUUUCCACCCAUGGCUCCUCACUGUGCCUCUGCCUUGUCCGCGUACUUGUGCGUGCGUUUGUGGGUGGAAGGAGUGCUGUUUCUCCCACCAGGCCCAUCCAGUACCCCCCUCCCUUUUUCUGGCACACCCCAGUCCCCACGUUGUACGCGUGUUGCCUUUAACUCCUCUCAGGCACACAUCUUAGGUGCAAUUCUCCACCUUCUUUGCUUCAGAGUCCCCGUUGAAACCCCCCUGCGCACCCACCCCCCACAGUUCUGACCCGGCCCUACCCUCGCCUCCCUGCUUUGCCGUCUCCCUGGACUCCUGGCCUCAGAGAGGUGGCGCCACCCACCCAAGGUCACACAGCCAGAGGAGACAAAGAUGGAAUUCACACACGGGUCCAACUUGUAUCUCUCUUGCUCUCUUCCUUGCUCCUUGGAAGGCCUUGUGUCCUAGGGAGAGAGGCAGUGGGAGGCUCCAGCAGGGCACUCACCAGUUCCCCCUCCACCAUCACCACCGAAGCCUGGGAACAAGGGCCAUGGGCAGGGAACACACUCAUCACCCUGCCCAAGUGGCCAGACCGGAGCACAAUCUGGAAUUUCAGGCUCAUAAAUCACUUUGGAGGGGAGCUCAUAAAAGCCACACCCCUACCCUGGUCUGCCUGCCUGGCCUUUUGCCCCCUCAUCUGGAUACCUUCUCCUCCUUCCCCAUUCCUGGUAGACUGGCCCGAGGAAGGGCCUGGGCAUAUAUAGCUAGCCACUGUGGCCAGAGGGGCUUCAGGCAGAGAAGGUGAGGAGGAGGUCCAAAGGGCUGGAUGCAGCAGGGGUGUGGAGGGCUGGUGAGGGAGGACCUGGGGCUCAGGGAGGGCACCUUUGCAUUCCAGCCAGUGACUGCCCUGCUUGUGCCCUGGUUUCCUCUUCUGUACAAUGGGUCUCCGCUCAGUGCUCACCACCAGGGUUGUGGGAGGCUGGGCACAUUCAGUACCAGACUGGGUCCAGCAGAGAGUCGUGGGCCACCCUUGGCAGCUAGGGUGUGAGGUGAGGGAGGUGGGUUGGCUGGGUCCUCCCUCCCCUCCUGGCCUCUGCCCAGCCUCACCCCUGCUCACUUGUCCCAGGCAGGACCAUGGCUUCUGCGGCGGCAGAGGUGAAGAAAGGAUCUCCGGUUGUGGUGGGGCUGCUGGUCGUGGGCAACAUCAUUAUUCUGCUGUCAGGCCUGGCCCUGUUCGCCGAGACAGUGUGGGUGACAGCGGACCAGUAUCAUGUGUACCCACUCAUGGGCGUCUCGGGUAAGGACGACGUCUUCGCGGGCGCCUGGAUUGCCAUCUUCUGCGGCUUCUCCUUCUUCGUGGUGGCCAGCUUUGGUGUGGGCGCCGCACUGUGCCGCCGCCGGUCCAUGAUCCUCACGUACCUGGUGCUCAUGCUGACCGUCUACGUCUUUGAGUGCGCUUCCUGCAUCACGUCCUACACCCAUCGAGACUUCAUGGUGUCCACCCCCUCCCUGAUUACCAAGCAGAUGCUGACCUUCUACGGUGCAGACACGGACCAGGGCCAGGAGCUGACCCGCCUCUGGGACCGCAUCAUGAUUGAGCAAGAGUGCUGCGGUAACUCUGGGCCCAUGGACUGGGUGAACUUCACAUCCACCUUCCGGAAGGCCACUCCGGAGGUGGUGUUCCCCUGGCCCCCACUGUGCUGCCGCCGGAAUGGCAACUUCAUCCCCCUUAGUGAGGAAGGCUGCCGCGUGGGCCACGUGGACUACCUGUUCACCAAGGGCUGCUUUGAGCACAUUGGCCACGCCAUCAACAGCUACACGUGGGGCAUCUCAUGGUUCGGGUUUGCCAUCCUGAUGUGGACGGUGAGAGGCGGGGAGCCUAUGGGUCAGGUGGGAUGUGGGCAUGGGGCUGGGGUGUCCCUCAGCUGACUGCCUUCUUGUCCAGCUCCCUGUAAUGCUGAUAGCCAUGUAUUUCUACACCACAUUGUGAGGAACAAGAAGGGCAGACCAAGUGCACACCUCAGCA